AUGUGCUCAAAUUUAAUCGAUGGAAAUGACAGAUCUGGCAAAAUAGAAGAUACGAUAAACAGAAAAGAUACAAAUAAUGUCGAUGACAAUGAUGGUAAAAACACAGAAUUAGAAAUGAUUACCUGUAUUGUUCCCACGAACAAAGGAGAUUAUAAGAAAGCAAUCGUUGCUGAGAUCAAAGAUAAUAAAAGUGAUAAUAACGAUAAUAUGAUGUUAGUAAUUGAUGGGAAUGACGAAUCUGGCAACUUAGAAGAUACUGAAAAGUAUGAAGAUAUGACAAAUGGACAAGAUACAAGUAAUGUUAAUGACAAUGACAGUAUAAUAAAUCACGUCGAUAAAAAUAGAGAAUUAGGUGGAAUAAUUAUCUGUAUUGUUUCCACAAACAAAGGUAAUUAUAAGAAAGCAAUCAUCACUGAGAUCAAAAAUAAUAUAGGAAUGCAUAUCAACAAAGAUAGUGAAAGUGAUAAUGGAACAGUAGUAAUCGAUGAGAAUGAUGAAUAUCACAACAAAGAUAUGAAUAGUAAGAUCUCCAACAGACAAGUAAAGAAUAUAGAUGCAAAAGGCAUUAUAGAGCUCCUAGUUGCCUGCUUUACCAAAUAUCACAGUUUAAUAAAGGCAAUCUGGGAGCUCACCAAGAAUCCUUGUUUCGAAUAUUUUGAAAACAUUCCUUGGCAUGCUUUUUUAAUAAUAAAAGUUCAAGGUACCAAACACCGCAAACCAAGCCGAAUUACAAAAGUUACGAACACUGUGGACAAUGCUACAAAUCUUGUUGAGAACUUUGAGGAUGUGAACAAAACUGACAAUUCUCACGCAACACCACCAGUACACAUAUUUGCAAGAUCUCAAUUUCCUAUCCCUCAUGUGAACGAUCAAAUAUUCCUCACUCUGUUAAACGUCGCAAUACUACUCAGACUCGGAAUAAUAAGCAAGGCAAAGACAUCUGAUGCCUUCCGGGAAUCUAGAAAACGAAUUGCCACAGAACCACUAGAAGACUUAUUUGCAGAACGAGGCC